GGGUUGACUCAGGGACAGAGUAGCAGUAUGAGCACCACUGGACUAGACUGGGUGGAUAUUUUACCCACCACAGCCUGUUCCGCACCAUGGGGAAAGAUGGGUCCAGCAAAUUAAAUAUCUUCGUUCUCCUCUUCUUCCUCCUUGGAGAUGCUGCACCCAUCACAGAACCGCAGUACAUGGUGCUUCUGCCCUUUCUGAUACACACUGAUUCCCCUGAGAAAAUCUGUGUGCAGCUGACUCACCUGAAUGAGUCUGUGACACUGAAUGCUGCAAUUGAGUAUCAAGGGGAGAACAGGAGCUUGAUUGAUGAUGUGGUGUCGGAGAAGGAUUUGUUUACCUGCAUUCCUUUCACUAUUCCAAAAUCAAGGAGUCAGUCAACAGUCACAUUUAUUACUGUGACAGUGAAGGGGGAGACUCUGCAGUUCAGAAGUCGCAAGUCAGUGCUGGUCAAGAAUUCUGAGAGUUUGGUCUUCGUCCAGACAGACAAACCCAUCUACAAGCCUGGACAAACAGUCCUUUUCAGAAUUGUUUCUCUGGAUGAAAACUUCCAUCCCUUGAAUGAGGUGCUUCCACUGGUCUAUAUUGAGGACCCAAAGAAAAACCGUUUGUACCAAUGGACAAAGGCUGAGAUAAAGGAAGGGUUAACGCAGCUGUCCUUCAACCUCACUACUGAGCCCAUUCAAGGGACUUACUCAGUGGUGGCACAGAAGGCUUCUGGGAAGACAAUCCAACAUCCCUUCACUGUGGAGGAGUAUGUGCUUCCAAAAUUUGAAGUAACAGUGAAAAUGCCCAAGGUUAUCACCAUUCUUGAUGAGAAGCUGAAGGUGACAGUUUGUGGUCUAUACACAUUUGGCAAGCCUGUUCCUGGCCAUGUGAGCUUUCGUGUCUGCAGGAAAUUUGAAUACCCAGCCACUGCUUGCUAUGGUGAAGAGGCCAAGGCAGUAUGCGAUGAAUUCUCCGGACAGACAGACAACCAUGGCUGCAUUUCUAAACUGGUAAAAACCAAGUUAUUCCAGCUCAAGAGAAUUGGAUAUGAGAACAAGCUCCAUGUGGAUGCUAGGAUUGAAGAGGAGGAAACAGGAAUUGUGUUGACUGGAGCAAGCUUCUCUGAGAUCACGACUACCAUCAGCAAAAUUACCUUUGAGAACUCAGAUUCCUACUACAAACCUGGAAUCCCCUUCUUUGGGCAGGUUAAACUUGUGGAUGGGUCUGGUGCUCCAAUUGCCAAUGAAACUGUGAGGAUUUCCUUACAAGGAGGCCAGGAAAUGAACUACACAACAAAUGAAGAGGGCAGGGCACUAUUUGCCUUGAACACUUCCACAUUGUACAUCGAUUCUGUUGGAAUUAGAGCAACUCAUAAAACACACUCCUACUGCUAUGACCAUUCAUGGGUUAAUCCAAAUUAUGAAGAUGGUUAUCUCCGCCUAAAGCGCUUUUACUCCCCUAGUAAGAGCUUCCUCAAAAUUGAGCCCACGUCUGAGACACUAAGCUGUGGCUCCUCAGCUGAGGUCCGGGUUCACUAUAUCCUUACACCAGAGGCUGUAAGAGAAAGGAAGAAAAUCAUGUUUUACUACCUGGUGAUGGCCAAGGGAAUCAUUAAGCAAGCAGGCACCAGAAUUCUGGAUUUGGACAAGGAAAGUGUCAGUGGUGUCUUCAUACUACAGCUGUCUGUGGAAGCUGACUUAGCUCCUGUGGCCCAAGUGCUUGUCUAUACUGUUACCCCCAGCAGGGAAGUGAUUGCAGAUUCAACAAAGUUCAACAUAGAAAAAUGUUUCAACAAUAAGGUGGGCUUGAGCUUCUCUCCUUCUGAAGGCCUGCCUUCUUCUGACACUCAUUUACUGUUCAGAGCCUCCCCAAAAUCCCUUUGUGCUGUCCGUGCUGUGGACAGGAGUGUCCUCCUCAUGAAGCCUGAAGCUGAUCUGUCACCCAGCUUGGUAUAUAGCUUGCUGCCAGUGAAGGAACUGCAUGACUAUCACCAUGGUACAGAUGUGCUCUUGGAGGAGCCCCUAGAAGACUGUGUACCCUUGAAGAAAAUAAUUCUGAAUGGGAUCACCUAUUCUCCAGUAGUGGAGAUGAAUGAAGAUGACACUUACAGCAUUCUAAAGGAAAUGGGUUUAAAGGUUUUCACAAAUUCCAAGGUGAAGAAACCUUGGUAUUGCAGCACUGAGAGUCACAUGCCUGCACAAAGUCGCAUUAUAGCAAGUGAAGGCCUGGCUGGAGCACCUAUGUAUGCACUGAGGACAGGUGCCCUAGAUUCUAGUAGAAUCCAUGCAACAUCCAGCACUCCUGAAGAGGUGACAGAGACAAUACGAAAGUAUUUCCCAGAAACAUGGAUAUGGAGUUUAGUAUCUAUAAGCUCUGAGGGAAAUGCUGAACUAGAUGUGACCAUCCCUGACACCAUCACUGAAUGGAAAGCCAGUGCAUUCUGCAUGUCCCCAGACACAGGCUUUGGCCUGUCACCAACAGUGUCCCUCAGAGCCUUCCAGCCUUUUUUUGUAGAGCUCACCCUACCUUACUCUGUAGUGCGUGGUGAGGCCUUCACACUGAAAGCCACUGUUUUCAACUACCUGACAGCCUGCAUCAGAGUCAGUGUGAUUCUGGCUCAGUCUACUCAAUUUCUGGCUAUUCCAGUGGAAAAGGAGGAAGACUCUUAUUGUCUCUGCGAGAACGAGAGGAAAACAGUGGCUUGGCUGGUGACUCCCAAAUCUCUAGGGCUGGUGGAGUUCUUGGUGAGCACGGAGGCACUGCAGAACCAGCAGCCGUGCAGAAACACCAUAGUGGAGACCCCUGAGAAAGGGCGGAAGGACACGGUCAUCAGGCAGCUGCUGGUGGAGCCUGAAGGAGUUGAGAAGGAAACUGUUCAGAACUCUGUGCUCUGUUUGAAAGGAGAGUCUGUGAAAGAGAAGUUUUCUCUGUUGCUUCCCUCAAAUGUGGUACAAGACUCAGGCAGAGCAUAUUUCUCAGUGCUGGGUGAUCUCAUGGGCACCGCCAUGCAGAACCUGCACCAGCUACUCCAGAUGCCAUUUGGUUGUGGUGAACAGAACAUGGUAUUGUUUGCACCCAACAUCUAUGUCCUGGACUAUCUGAACAAGACCGGACAGCUGAGUGAGGAGGUCAAAUCCAAGGCCAUUGGAUACUUAGUGAGCGGUUAUCAGAGGCAGAUGAACUACAAGCACCCAGAUGGCUCUUACAGUACCUUUGGACCACGUUAUGGCCAACUGGGGAACACCUGGCUCACAGCCUUUGUCCUGAAGUCCUUUGCCCAGGCCCGGUCUUACAUCUUCAUAGAUGAAAAGCACAUCCAGGAUGCUUUGAUCUGGCUCAGUCAAAAUCAGAAGGAGAAUGGCUGCUUCCGCAGUUCUGGGAUGCUCCUGAACAAUGCCAUGAAGGGCGGAGUGAACGAUGAAGUAACACUGACAGCCUACAUCACUAUUGCACUGCUGGAGAUUCCUCUGCCUGUAACUCAUUCGGUGGUGCGUAAUGCUCUGUUCUGCCUGGAAACGGCAGGAAAUGAGAAAGAAAACCACGUGUACACCAAGGCACUGCUGGCAUAUGCCUUUGCCCUGGCAGGGAAGGAGGAGAAGCGGAAGGCGUUCCUUGUCUCACUUGAAAAGGAAGCCGUCAAAAAGGAUGGAUCUGUUCACUGGCAGCGGCCUGGGAAAGAGCCAGAGGCUGAUCUCCCGUACUACCGCUAUAAAGCUCCCUCUGCUGAAGUGGAGAUGACAGCCUACGUGCUCCUUGCUCACCUCACCACGCAGCCAGCACCUUCGCAGGAGGAGCUGUCACUUGCAUCUCUUAUCGUAAAGUGGAUCAUUGGUCAGCAGAAUCCCAACGGAGGCUUCUCCUCCACCCAGGACACAGUUGUGGCUCUGCAAGCCCUCUCCUUGUACGGAGUUUCCACCUAUGCCAAGAGCGGAGAAGCUUCCAAAGUGAGCCUGCAAUCUGGAGGGGACUUCCAGCAAGACUUCCACGUGGAUCCCUCAAACCGGCUGCUGCUCCAGCACGUGCCCCUGCCCCAGGUGCCAGGGGAGUACAGCGUAGAGGUGUCUGGCAAAGGAUGCGUCUACCUGCAGACAAGCCUGAGGUACAACGUGCAGCCCAAGCAGGAGAGCGCGCCCUUCCUGCUGCAUGUACACACGAGCCCAGAGACAUGUGAGAACUCCAAGGCUGACAAGGUCUUUGACAUAGGCAUAAAAGUCAGUUACACGGGUGAGCGCAGUGUCUCCAACAUGGUGAUUAUCGAUGUGAAAAUGCUGUCGGGAUUCAUCCCUGUCAAGUCCUCAGUAAGGAAGCUGGCACACCACCAAGUUAUUGAACGUACAGAGUUCAGUACCAACCAUGUCUUAGUGUAUCUGGAAAAGCUGAGCAACAUGACCUUGAGCUUCUCCUUCACGGUGGAGCAGGACAUCCCUGUGCAGCGCCUGAAGCCAGCUCAGGUGAAAGUGUAUGAUUACUAUGAGACAGAUGAGUUUGCCAUACAGGAGUACAGUGCUCCCUGCACCACAGCCAAAGCUGAACAGGGAAAUGCCUGAAGAAUACAUCUGUGCCCUGAUGGAUCAGCUGACUUGUUUCUGCCGUUAGUAGUCUUCCUUAACGAGCCCUCUAAAAUGUUACGUGUAACCAACACCAAAAACAAAGCAAUACAAUAAAAAUAAAUAAAGUCUUGAUUCUCCCCA